AUGGUUCAAGCUUAUUUGCACGAUAAUGACACUUCGCAAGACUUUAGGAAGCUCCAUAAUAGUGGGAAAGCUGUCACUAUUGAACAUCUAGAAAAGAUAGGUGUAAUAUACAGAUACUGUAAAACAGAAAAAGAAGUUGAUGACUUAGCAAGAGAACGUAACUACUCAAACCGGGACGUUGUCCUGAUAAAACCAGAUGUUUUCCCCACUUCUGCUAGCUACUUAGAUAAACUCAAAAUGUUCUAUGCUGAGCACCUUCACGAAGAUGAAGAAAUCCGUUAUGUAUUGGAAGGAAGUGGUUACUUUGAUGUGAGAGACCCCAUAACAAAUGAGUGGAUUCGCAUACUACUAGUUGAGCAUGAUUUGAUAGUUAUACCUGCAGGUUUGUACCAUAGGUUCGUGGUAACAGAGGCAAACUUUAUUAAGGCGUUAAGACUGUUCAAAGAUGAGCCAAAAUGGCAAGCACUAUAUAAACCAGAGGCUGAUAACAACCCUAUAUUAAAGGAUUACCUUUCAAGCAUCAAUGUUUAG